CAUCAUUAGAAAACCCCAAAUAAUCAAACGGUAAGUGUCUCACGUCUGAAAAAAAAUACCAACAUAAUAUAAUUCUCAUCGCCACGUGUAAUAAUACCUCUCUGUGUCCCAUAAAAAUUUCAUCUUCUUCGCCAUAUAUAACCACCUUAAACCUGUGGAGCAAAGCAUGUUCACUUGAGUUUCUUUUCAUUUCUCCUUUCCCGAACCAUCGGUUUCAUUUCUUUUGAGCUGUUUUCGUUGUUCUUGCGUUAUGGGGUCGCCGACGAUUCUUCCGGAGUUGGGGACGGAGAUCCUCGUGCCAGUCUGCGCCGUCAUCGGCAUCAUUUUCUCGCUCAUUCAGUGGGGCCUCGUUUCACGCGUGAAACUUACGCACGAGCACACUCUGAGUAACAAAAGUAAGAAGAAUGGGUUCAAUGAUUGUUUGAUUGAGGAAGAGGAAGGGAUUAACGACCAGAGUGUUGUGGCUAAGUGUGCUGAAAUUCAAAACGCUAUCUCUGAAGGUGCAACAUCCUUUCUUUUUACCGAAUAUCAGUAUGUUGGAGUCUUCAUGGUUGCUUUUGCAGUCUUGAUCUUCCUCUUUCUGGGUUCUGUGGAGGGCUUUAGCACCAAGAGCCAACCAUGCACUUAUGAUAAGCAGAAGACAUGCAAGCCUGCUCUUGCCACUGCAGUUUUCAGCACCCUGUCAUUUUUGCUUGGCGCUAUCACCUCUUUGCUUUCUGGUUUCCUUGGGAUGAAAAUUGCUACUUAUGCCAAUGCAAGGACAACCUUAGAAGCAAGGAAGGGAGUUGGGAAGGCUUUUAUCACUGCAUUUAGAUCUGGUGCAGUGAUGGGUUUCCUCCUUGCAGCAAAUGGUCUUUUGGUGCUGUUUGUUGCUAUCAAUCUUUUCAAGCUGUACUAUGGUGAUGACUGGGAAGGUCUUUUUGAGGCUAUUACUGGUUAUGGUCUUGGUGGAUCAUCCAUGGCUCUCUUUGGAAGAGUCGGUGGUGGUAUCUACACCAAGGCUGCUGAUGUUGGUGCUGAUCUUGUAGGAAAGGUUGAAAGAAACAUUCCGGAAGAUGACCCCAGAAACCCAGCUGUCAUAGCAGACAAUGUUGGUGAUAAUGUCGGGGAUAUUGCAGGAAUGGGUUCAGAUCUUUUUGGCUCUUAUGCUGAAUCAUCCUGUGCUGCUCUUGUUGUUGCUUCCAUAUCGUCCUUUGGGAUCAACCAUGAUUUUACUUCUAUGCUAUAUCCUCUGCUCAUCAGUUCAGUGGGCAUCAUUGUCUGUUUGUUCACGACAAUGGUUGCCACUGAUUGGUCUGAAAUCAAGGCUGUCAAAGAAAUUGAACCAAAAUUGAAGCAGCAACUUAUAAUCUCCACUGUUAUCAUGACUAUUGCAAUUGCAGUUGUCUCCUGGAUAGGCCUGCCUUCUUCUUUCACUAUCUACAAUUUUGGGGUUCAGAAGGUUGUGAAAAACUGGCAACUGUUCUUGUGUGUAGCUGUUGGUCUUUGGGCUGGACUCAUUAUUGGGUUUGUCACUGAGUAUUACACUAGCAAUGCAUACAGCCCUGUGCAAGACGUUGCUGAUUCCUGCAGGACAGGAGCUGCCACAAAUGUUAUCUUUGGCCUUGCUUUAGGAUACAAAUCCGUGAUCAUUCCAAUUUUUGCCAUUGCAGUCAGCAUUUUUGUUAGUUUUAGCUUUGCUGCAAUGUAUGGUAUUGCAGUGGCUGCACUUGGAAUGCUCAGCACUAUCGCCACUGGUUUGGCCAUUGAUGCUUAUGGUCCCAUAAGUGACAAUGCUGGAGGUAUUGCUGAGAUGGCUGGAAUGAGCCACCGCAUUCGUGAGAGAACUGAUGCGCUUGAUGCUGCUGGAAAUACCACUGCUGCCAUUGGAAAGGGAUUUGCUAUUGGAUCAGCUGCAUUGGUGUCUUUGGCUCUAUUUGGUGCUUUUGUCAGCCGUGCAGCAAUCUCUACUGUUGAUGUUUUAACCCCAAAGGUCUUCAUUGGUUUAAUUGUUGGUGCUAUGCUUCCUUACUGGUUCUCCGCCAUGACUAUGAAGAGUGUGGGAAGUGCUGCAUUGAAGAUGGUUGAGGAGGUUCGCAGGCAGUUCAACUCCAUUCCAGGUCUCAUGGAGGGCCACACCAAACCUGAUUAUGCUACCUGUGUCAAGAUCUCAACAGAUGCAUCCAUCAAGGAGAUGAUUCCCCCUGGUGCUCUUGUCAUGCUUACACCCCUCAUUGUGGGAACCUUCUUUGGCGUGGAAACCUUGUCUGGUGUGCUCGCAGGUGCCCUUGUUUCUGGCGUCCAGAUUGCAAUUUCUGCAUCUAACACUGGUGGUGCAUGGGACAAUGCCAAGAAGUACAUCGAGGCGGGUGCCUCUGAGCAUGCAAGGACUCUUGGACCUAAGGGGUCAGAGCCACAUAAGGCUGCUGUGAUUGGCGACACCAUUGGAGAUCCACUCAAGGAUACCUCAGGCCCAUCGCUAAACAUCCUCAUCAAGCUCAUGGCUGUUGAAUCACUGGUGUUUGCUCCUUUCUUUGCCACUCACGGUGGCCUGCUUUUCAAGAUCUUCUAAGGGUGAAAACCCCAAAAAUACAUUGCGGAUUAUGGUUAUCAAAUUCAUGGAGAAUUUGCUUAUCCUCGCCAAGCCCUGAUAUGUUAAGUCAAUUUAUGUGCUUCACAGUAGUGGGGUUUGGAAGUUAGUAGCUUGGUUAGUGUAUUGAAUACACCAUUUUUGAAGCGGGCAUAAUGAUGAUAAAUGAGAUGGUUUAGAAUGAUGGGGAAAUUGUUCAGUCUUUCACAUUUUAGGGGAAUCGAUGUGGUGGUAUGUCUUUGGUUGUUUUUAUUAUUGUCCUAUUUAGUCUUCUGGAACAACUUCCAUUUUUAACUUUUCUGUAAGGUUCAUCUGUCACCAUUUAAGCAAGAAAGAGCAUUUGGUCUGA